AUGCGGUGGGCCAUUUUGCUGUUGGUUGUAAUUGUUGUUGCCGUUAUACCUAUUGCCCAUUUUAUUAGCAUUGUUGUUAUUAUUGGAAUUGCUUGCAAAAUAGAAAAAAGACCUAUACCCACCAGCUCUAGGGCUAUACUGAGUUGUACCGUAUGGACCAGUUGGAAUCUCAGUGUACUGUGGCCUACCACUAAACCCUCUUCUGUUUCUGCCAUACGCACCCUUAUUCACCAAAACGGACUCAAGAUGAACUGGUUUAGAUGGAAUGUAGCCAAAGACUUAUUCUUACUAGGGGAAGGUUCGAAAACAAAUUUGCAGACAGUUCAGGCAUGGACGGGGCAUGGCAAUUUGCCAUUAAGAGUGAAACCCGAGGGCGGCAGACCCUCUAACUGUAUACAAAAUUUGUCUAGUAGCAGUAGUAGUAGUAGUAGAAGAAGAAAGAAAUUAAACAUUAGAUUAUUAUUUAGAGAUAGAGUUAGAAUUUAA